AUGGCGUCUUUCGGCGGCGAAGGAGCCGAGAUCUCGCCAGAAGAUCGGGUGCAAUGGGCCGCAUUGUCACCAGUCAGAGGACAAGUUUUGGAAGUUUUCCUGUCCGAGACAGACACUCACGAUCCUCCGUUUGCUUGGGCAGCAUUUUUGAUUGGAAGGGUUUCUACAAGGUUGGAUGGUUCCAUUGUUCUGGAGUGCCGCCAUUUGGGCGCCGAAGACACUCCCUAUUCUCAGGUUUUGGACGGGCAGUUCAGCGAUGCCCGAUGCCGCAUUCAUUUAUGUUUGACAAGACCAUGUCUCAUGACCGAAGAGAAGGACGAUGCAGACACUCCUUUCAUGCAUGUGACCCGGAUCCGGCUAUGGAGCUGGGACAGGUUCAUCUCAGUUCAGGAGUAUGUAGCCGCAAGCAGUUUAGACGCUGGUGUAGAUUGGUUGAAAGCGACAGAAGCAGUGAUGCCAAGCACACCUGGGCGCCGCUCCAGAAAUCCUCCCAAAGAGAAAGAGAAACCUAUUGGGAGAAAGAAAGAGACCAAGACACCAAAGGCGAAAGAGGGGCCCAGAAAGCGAGAGCAUGCCGCAGGAGAAGAGGAGCCGGAGACACCUGGCAAAGGAGGAAAGCCGAAGAAGAAGGAAGAGGAGAAGGCAACCAGAGAAGAGCUACGGAGCCGCCUCAAAGCAGUUCGAGAGCGAUUGCAAGAUCCUGGCACCAUACGGGUCGAAGAUGGCUACAGCCCGGGGACCCCUGUCGCAGAGGAUGUCAGCAGUGGGUCAGAGGACGAAGGUUCGUCUUGUGCUCCGGAGAAACGCCUGACAACAGGGGCAAACCUGGGAGAGGGUGCAGGCGCGCUGGCCAAGGCCGUAGCCCGCAAAGGUCACCCUCGUUCCAGCCAUCGACAUCAUCGAGACGCUCUGCCACUGGAGGAUACAAAAGAUUCCACUUUGAAAGGCUUGAGCGGCCAAUUGUUGAAACAGGCCUUAGCAGCGAAGACUCAGAGGGCAGCCGAGAAGAAGAGGAAAAAGAAGAAGCAGUCGAAGAAGACGGAUAUGGAGAACCUCACUGCAGCAUUAGCCAAAGUGUUUGGAAGGACACCGGAGGGGGAGCAGAAAGAGAAGAAAGGGAAGAAGAAGACCUCCAAGAAGAAGAGGAAAUUACAGGAUGGAACGAUCGUGAGCUGCAGUUCCAACUCCAGCUCCUACAGCGACGAGGUCUCCGAGGCAGUGUCAAGCGACGAAGACUUAGAGGCCCCAUUGCGAAAGAAGUCAAGGGACCAUCCAGGGUCUGUCCUCAGGAUGCUUGUCAGCCACAUACAGGAACAGUUGGAUCAGAGCGCUUUGACCGAGCUGGGGCACCCGAGCUCGACCAUGACCAGCGGCGUGAAGGUGAUGACAUAUUUCAACUUGCACGUGAAGAGCAGCUAUCCGCAUCAAUUGCGGGAGAUGCGAGAACUUCAUCAUCUGGCCGCCUGUUUGGACUUGGUCAGAAAAGGAGACUUAGCCAGGGCAGCCGACGGAUUGGCGGCGAGAUUCAUCGCCAUACAUCAAAGCUUGGUAGAUGGCUCGUGGCAGAUGGCCAAGCACCUCGAGCUCUUUCCUUUGGAGGAGGCCAGUGCAGCAGGGGCAGCGGCCUUGCUGGCCACCCGAAAACACGCUCGGCUCAUCUCCAAGGUUCAAGGCCCUCCUCCCAGCACUUGGACUCCGAGUGCUGGCCGUGGCCGAGGGGGGAAGGGGCGCAGCGAUUGGAACUCUGGAGAUGGGCGGGGCGAUUACAAAGGAGAGAACAAAGGAAAAGGCAAAGGAAAGAAAGGAGGCCGAGGAAAAUGGGAUCAGAGGCCAGGAUGGGAGGCGUCCAGGACAAAAGAAUGGGAGAAGAACAAGGAAAAGACCGAAGAGAAACCCAAGGGUUCUUCGCUGGUCAAGGCCGUUGCGGAGAUUUCUCCUUUGGAGCCCUCUGCCAUCGCUGCCAACGCGGGGUACCCGCGGUUGGACAGUGUUGUGUCAGAAACGAACCCGACUCCUUUGGAGCCCUCUGCCAUCGCUGCCAAGGCAGGGUACCCGCGGUUGGACAGUGUUGUGUCAGAGACGAAUCCGACUAAUCAGCCCUUGAGCUUUUUGUCAGUCCUGCAGCUGUGUGACACAUUGGAACGCACAGGAUGUGUCCUGGCCUGGACUUUACUGCAUGUUGGGCAUCGCGAGGACAGUGUGAAGAAUUCAUCACUCUGGUCGGUGCUAUUUAACUCCAGCGAGAGGUUUCGAGCCGGGCGGAAACGUUUGGCUCUGCCUAUUCGAGAGGGUGAGUUAGCCGGGCUUAGAGACAAACUGCUCAAGAUUUCUCUGCUCGAAGCAGCGGGAGAAGAUUUUGCAAAGAAACAUGCUGGGGAUUGCUGGACAUACCUUGCGUGCUACGCUUGCAAUACUCUGGUCGGGAGGCAGAAACUACUGGAACAAGGUAGAUGGAUCAAAGCAGAAGCGAGCGCCUUUCAGACCGUGCACCAGAUGACCGACCGGUUGUUGGGGCAUGGGACGCAAGAGCCAGUGACCCUAGAUGCAAUCGAAAAAGAUGUCAAGCUUGCCAGGGUCAACUACAAGGGGGAAGAGAUUGGUGUUUGUCAUAAACUUACUUUAAGACAAAUUGAACCUGCACUUCCCCCCAAAGAACAUGGUGGAUGCAUUGACUUGUUGAAGUGGGUGUCGCCUGUGACAGGACUGUUAAAAGAGGCAAAGCGGCAGAAUCGAUCGUGGUGGCAUGUCUAUUUAGACAACUACGCUGGAGGUCAGAUUGUGGACAAAGGAGAAGAGACGAUUGGGGGAGAACGUUUGCAUGAACUAGCAGAGACCGCCUGGCAGAAAGCCCAAGUGGGCUUGCAGGGAGAACAAUCCAAGCUUUUCUUUGAGAUGCCUCGUAUUCUAAAACUCUUGAGGAAAGUAGCUGGAGGUAACAUUGUAGUCAAAUUUGUGGGUGAGAACGUAGCGUCCAUGGGCAAGCCCGAAUGUGAACAAAUUUCUGAAGAACUGGAGACCUGGCCCUACCACCUCUAUUGCGCUGAUGCAGUUCCAAUGAAUCGCCCACGUCUUUGCUGGUGCAGCGAAGAGUUGGAAGGUGCAUUAGAGGGGUUAGAAUUUGAGCCUGACACUUUUUGGACUAAGCUCAUAGCAAAAGCACCAUACCCGGAGAUGGAACAGUGGAUUGAGCCAGGUGUGUACUGGCCUGGAGGUACACAGGGAGAAGUUCUCCCCACUGCCAUGCGUGCAAUCAUUAGGUCAAAGCCGCCACCACAACCAGCCGGUCUAAAACGAUGUGACCCCGACACAGUGGCGAGAUGGCAAAGCGAGCAUUUCAAGUUUCCUCCAUAUCAUUAUCAAGAUCGCUUUGUGUUUUGGAAGGGUGAAAAGUGGAGACUGGCAGAUAGCGAUGAGCGUGAACUUCUCUUGGGAUAUGGAUACAAGCAUACUUCUCUCUGUUUUAGCGCUAGCAAGCAGAAACAGUCUUUAGCAGCAUAUGAAAAUGCCAGGUU